AAGGCCACGGGAGCUUAAAGUUCCUAGCGCCGUCUACUGGAUACUAUGAUGAAACUGUCCACAACAAUGAAUGAAAUUUGCGUAAAAAUGUCCUUGAAUGCAAGUUGUCACAAAUGUCAGCUUUAUAGGUUAGGUUUUGUGACAUCUUUUUGAAAGAUGAGGGGAAAUAUACGUCAAAUGUCAUGUCAAACGUCAGUCGAUAGUGCAAAUAGUACAAUUAACUACCACAUGGUGGCGGUCAUCUUAAGCUCCCACAACCUACUACGAUACCAGUUUUUAAGCGCCCGUUUUAUGAAAAUUUAUGAAUGGAGUUGAAACACCUUACUUAUACCAUUUGCCAAGAUGGAUGCCAAUAGUAGUAGUCAGUCCGGUACGUCUGCACAAAUCUGCAGAAAAUGUAAAUCAAAAGUUGUCAGUGCAUUAAAAUGUAUAUCGUGUGAUAAUGUGUACCACCUUAGUUGUGCCAAGGGUGUAUCUUAUGUAAAAAUUUUGGACAGUAAGUCUUUAGUUUGCUGUGAUAAAGUGAAAAUGCCUCCUGUUGUGUGCGAAGAUUCUGAGUUUUUUGAAGCAAUGGAACAAAUGAGUGGUCCUGAGAAAAAGGUUGAUAUUGCUGUUUUCAAUUAUAUUAUUAAACAAAAAGAUGAAAUUAUAAAGGAGCUAAGGGAUCGUGUAAAAACGCAAAGUGAGAUGAUAGACAUUUUGAUAAAAAGUUCGAACAACUUGGGAGGCUCCACUGAUUGUAGUUUAUCAUCAAUGGACGCUUUUUCGAGUAAGACUAUGAAUAAAAACGUGAGUGGUGUGGAAGCAAGAAAAGUGGUAAACAAAAGUGAACCUGAAAUACGGAACACUAUUAUUUAUCCUAAUACGAAUUCAUGUAAUGAAGUUGAUCUAAAUAAUUCUUCAGACAAUGGUAAAAAUCCUUCUGAGAAGGAGGUAACAGGUGUUACUUUAAAACGUCGGCCGAAAAUUUGUCAUCGAGUGAUCAUGAUUUCGUAGCUGUCACCAGAAAAAAAAGCAGUCAUAUACAUAUUACAAGAGUAAACCCUAAUGUUGAUGUGAACAAGAUUACUGACUAUAUCAAAUUUAAGUUAAAAUCCCAUGAAGAAGUGCUGAAAAAUAAACGUCUUCCUGACUUUAAGCUUAUUAAAUUGGACUCUAAAUUUCCUGAGUUAUAUAGUUCUUUCAAACUUACUAUCGAUUUUGUAUAUCAAAAUGAUAUUCUGGCUGCAUCUUUUUGGCCCAAGGGUGUAGCGGUAAGGAAGUUUUUUCAAUCGAAAUCCAUACAUUUACAGCAUAACACAUAAUUACAGAGUGUCAGAAUUUUGUUCUACUCUUUUUUAUAAUGAGCUAUCCUUACUGUUCUAUUUUUUUUUUCUUGAUGUUUAGAUAUAUUUUGCAGGCAUACGUUGUAUUUAAUUAUUUAUUUGUAAGAUAGACUACUAUUUACUUUUGUUUUGUAUUCUGUAAUUGGAGAUUAAUCUCUGUUGAGUACA